AUGAAGUUCUCGUAUAGCUUUGUCCAGGUAGUGAGCUUGUUGCUCUCCUUGAGCCCUUCCGUUGAAGGCUUUACUCGCUCGAGGAACGAUGCAUGCAAGCCCAAUCACCCAUUCCGGCCUCUACCUCCUAGUCAGCCGCGGACAAAGACAUGCCAUGUUGUCAGCAACGGCCAUGGUAAGGACGACUCCAAGAACAUCAUGCAAGCAUUGCAUAAAUGCAACAAUGGCGGCAAGGUUGUCUUUGAUGCCAACAAGGUAUACACCGUUGGCACUGCCUUGGACAUGACAUUCCUUAAGCACAUUGACCUGGAGGUUCUGGGAAAGAUUCAGUUUACCAAUGACACCGACUACUGGCAAGCGCACUCCUUCAAGCACGGCUUCCAGAAUGCCACGACCUUCUUCCAGCUGGGUGGUCAGGACGUGAACGUCUACGGUGGCGGUACCUUUGACGGCAACGGACAGGUCUGGUACGAUCUCUACGCAGAGGAUGCGCUCAUCCUACGCCCUAUCCUGUUCGGAAUCAUCGGCCUGAAGGGAGGAACAAUCGGUCCCCUGAAGCUCCGCUAUUCGCCGCAGUGGUACCAGCUUGUCGCCAACUCUUCAGAUGUGAUCUUCGACGGCAUCGAUAUCUCCGGAUACAGCAGCAGCAAGAACGAGGCUAAGAACACUGACGGAUGGGAUACCUACCGCUCGGAUAACAUUGUCAUCCAAAACUCUGUCAUCAACAACGGCGACGAUUGCGUGUCCUUCAAGCCCAACAGCACCAACAUCAUCGUACAGAAUCUACACUGCAACGGCUCUCACGGCAUCUCCGUCGGCUCUCUCGGUCAGUACAAGGGCGAGGUUGACAUUGUGCAGAAUGUCCUCGUCUACAACAUCUCCAUGUACAAUGCAUCGGAUGGUGCUCGUAUCAAGGUCUGGCCCGGUGGCGGCGGUGGCCUUGGGUCGGUGAAGAACAUCACCUACAACCAGAUGUACAUCGAGAACGUCGACUGGGCUAUCGAGGUGACCCAGUGCUACGGACAGAAGAACCUGACUCUGUGCAAUGAGCACCCUAGCAACCUCACAAUCUCAGACAUCCACUUCAAGAACUUCCGCGGAACCACAUCCGGCAAGCGCGACCCCGACGUCGGCACAAUCGUUUGCUCCAGCCCGAAUGUUUGCUCCGACAUCCACGCUGAGAACAUCAACGUGAAGAGUCCCAAGGGAACGGAUGAAUUCGUCUGCACCAAUGUCGACAAGAGCCUUCUGGAUGUUAACUGCGCAUAG